CUUCGCCCGCUUUCUGCAUUUGAACCUGGAGGGUUGAGUUCAUGUCAAAGUCCACCAAGUAUGUUUUCGCCCACUUCAUGGUGGGGAAUACCUAUCCGUAUAGCGUCCAAGACUGGUUGGGAGACAUCGUAUUGGCCAGCCAGAAUAACUUGGAUGGGUUCGUAUUAAACGUUGGACGCGAACCAUGGCAAAAGGAUCGCUCUGCGGACUGUUUCCAUGCGCUCUCGCAAACAACGCUUUCCUUCAAACUGUUCUUUAGCUUUGAUAUGAGCUCGAUACCAGGACAGUCAGCUGAAGACGUUCAUGUACUUUGCGAGUACAUGAAAUCCUUUGGAAAUAAUCCUGGGAUGUUUCGAUACCAAGGCGGCGUCGCUGUAUCGACGUUCACAGGAGAGCAUCUACGAUUUGGCCAACAUACAUUGGACAAGGCCUGGGGAUAUGUCAAGAGAGCCCUCGAAGAGAUCGUUCCUCGGGUCCACUUUAUUCCAUCCUUCUUCAUUGACCCGGCAACAUAUCCGACAAUAAUGUGUUUGGAUGGCACAUUCAACUGGAACGGCAGCUGGCCAAUUCAUUUGACGUCCAAAUCUCCCAGACGCGAGAUUGAGUGUCCAGAGUUGAAGUCCGACCAGCACCACCUUCGUCAUCUGGGUGGGCGGACCUUCAUGGCCGCUGUUUCUCCUUGGUUCUUCACACAUUAUGGGCCUGAUACUUGGAACAAGAACUGGAUAUACAGAGGAGACGACUGGCUUUUCGUACGCCGCUGGGAACAGCUGAUAUCAAUGCGCGAGCAGAUCGACAUCGUCCAGGUCAUAUCGUGGAACGAUUACGGCGAAUCGCACUACAUCGGCCCAAUCAAAGGCGCGCAGCCAAACUCUCAAGCAUGGGUUGACGGCUUUCCACAUACGGCGUGGUUAACGCUCAAUGCGUACUACUCGCGAGCGUUCAAGGAGGGGAGAUAUCCUCCUAUUGAGCGCGACCAGAUUUUUCUGUGGGCGCGGCCUCAUCCCAAAGACGCAAUGGCGUCUGACGAUGGCGUGGGUCGGCCCACUCACUGGCAGGUGACGGAUGACACUUUAUGGGUUGUCGUUUUCUCUAUGGCACCAGCCAAGGUAAAGCUGUACGCUGGGGACGAUCAUAAAAAGUCUUUUCAUGUCAAAGCUGGGGUAACGAAGCUGUGCCGGUCUUUAAAAGGUAACAGAGGCGUCAAAGUAACGAUGGAACGAGAAGACGCUGUCAUUGCGUAUUGCGCACCGCACGAAUUCCUGUUCCGAACAAGGCCAAAGGUGUACAACUUCAAUGCGUUCACCGAUGCGUCAUGUUAACAUGGCGACCUGUCAACGAACCUUCCUAAGCACACCGUAAUAUUUGUCGAUAAUCCAUCCAUAUCCUACAAAACGCAAAUACACACGGACUUUAGUAUCUGUAGCAUUUAUCUCCCACCGUUGAUCAUCCCUAUCCCGGUCAGUUCAUCUUUACUUGGAUCUUUGGUUAAACCUUCUACUUUUCUUCCGUCUACGACCUCCGCGCCGUUAAUAGGUUCAUCACCACAUCCACAGUCGUACUCUUCAUCCAAAUGCGCACAGUCAAAUUGAGGUUUACCUAGACGCUUAUUAACCUCGUUAUGAAGGGAACAAAGCCUGUGAUGAUGCGUAUAUUGAUACAUGGGAGUGACAUCAUAGCUUCCAAACACAUACCAAAGUGCGGCAGAGCGACGGGAUGAGGUCUAUUAAAAGAAUUCAGUGGACUUGGACUUGGC